AUGCCCCGCCGCCACGUCAUUGUGGCCCCCAUCCAACCGUACUUACCCCCUUUCGAGCCCUGCCUCGAGCUGUACCCUGAGUCCUCGAGCCCGGAGGGCAUGGAGGAUGUGAGCCAUGUGAUAGUGGAGGAGAGCCGAGAGGGCAUGGAGGGGGUGAGCCAUGUGAUAGUGGACGAGGUGCAUGAGAGGGACAUGGACACCGACUUCCUCCUCAUCGUGCUCAAGCAGAUGCUCUCCUUCCCCACCGUGCCCGCCGACACCCGUCCAGAGGGCAUGGAGGGGGUGAGCCAUGUGAUAGUGGACGAGGUGCAUGAGAGGGACAUGGACACCGACUUCCUCCUCAUCGUGCUCAAGCAGAUGCUCUCCUCCCCCACCGUGCCCUCCCGUAUCCGCGUGGUCAUUAUGAGCGCCACCAUCGAUGCCGAUCUCUUCACCUCCUCGCUCACUCGUCCUUUCUCGAUUUCGAUCGUGUCGGCAGCAGCCUCCUUCCUCUCAUCUGCUCCCAGCGGGCCUGCCACUACUUCCACCACUGCCCUAUGCUCGCCAUCCCUGGCUUCAUCCAACCCGUCUCAGUCCACUCCCUCACCAAUCUACCAUCCCAUCAUGGGCCGCCACGUGCCCUACCUGCUGCGCCACGCACUCCCCUUCAUGGCCCGUCCCGCCAUGCUCCCUCUGCCGUAUCCAUCCACUCCUCCGAACCCCUCCUGCACAUUUUCAACCCCUUUCUUUCCCCUCCCCUUCCCCUUCGCUGUUUCCCCAUCUCCUCUCCCCCCUCUCCCCCAUUCUCCCCAACCCCAGCUACUUCCACCACUGCCCCAUGCUCGCUACUUCCACCACUGCCCCAUGCUCGCAAUCCCCGGGUUCAUCCACCCGGUCUCAGUCUACUCUCUGGACGACCUCCCUUCCCUCAUGGGCCGCCACGUGCCAUCAGUGCUGCGCCAAUCGCUGCACCCCAAGUACGGGUGCGCUGACGAGGACGAGCUCGAUGCUGAGCUGGCAGCGAGGGUCGUGGCGUGGGUGGAUGAUGAGUAUGCAAGGGAAGAUGGGUCGAUUCUCUGCUUCCUGCCUGGGUGGGACACGAUAGCCGAAGCCAAGCGCCAGCUGCAGUUCCUUCCGGGAUCGUACCGCUUCCACAUUGUGAUGCUGCACUCCCAGGUGCCACCAGCGGAGCAGAGAGCAGCCUUUGACCGCCCUCCAGAUGGGAAGCGCAAGUCUCUCCACCUUGAAAUCUCUGCGUCUCACCUCCUGCUCCCUCCUCCUCCUCCUCCUCCUCCUCCUCCUCCUCCUCCUCCUCCUCCUCCUCCUCCUCCUCCUCCUCCUCCUCCUCCUCCUCCUCCUCCUCCUCCUCCUCCUCCUCCUCCUCCACCUCUUCCUCCUCCUCCUCCUCCUCCUCCUCCUCCUCCUCCUCCUCCUCCUCCUCCUCCUCCUCCUCCUCCUCCUCCUCCUCCUCCUCCUCCUCCUCCUCCUCCCCCCCCCCUCCUCCUCCUCCUCCUCCCCCCCCCCCCCCCCUCCUCCUCCUCCUCCUCCUCCUCCUCCUCCUCCUCCUCCUCCUCCUCCUCCUCCUCCUCCUCCCCCCCCCCCCCCUCCUCCUCCUCCUCCUCCUCCUCCUCCUCCUCCUCCUCCUCCUCCUCCUCCUCCUCCUCCUCCUCCUCCUCCUCCCCCCCUCUCCUCCUCCUCCUCCUCCUCCUCCUCCUCCUCCUCCCCCCCCCCCCUCCUCCUCCUCCUCCUCCUCCUCCUCCUCCUCCUCCUCCUCCUCCUCCUCCUCCUCCUCCUCCUCCUCCUCCUCCUCCUCCUCCUCCUCCUCCUCCUCCUCCUCCUCCUCCUCCUCCUCCUCCUCCUCCUCUUCCUCUGCAGGUGAUUCUAUCGACCAACAUAGCGGAGACGAGUGUGACGAUAGACGACGUGGUGUUUGUGGUGGAUGGCGGCAAGUCCAAGGAGAAGUACUUCGAGCCCGCAAGGAACAUCUCCUCCAUGCGCGUGCAGGUGAGGCAGCAAUGGCAGGGCCUGCAGUCCGCAGGGCAGUACUCACAAUUCUUGCAGUGGGCGUCCAAGGCGAGUGUGAAGCAGAGGCAGGGUCGAGCUGGUCGCGUGCGCCCGGGGAAAUGCUUCCGCCUCUUCACUCGCACAGUGUACGAGGCCAUGGCGCCCAACUCUGUCCCUGAGAUGCAGCGCGUACCUCUCGAGGAAAUCUGCUUGCAGAUCAAGCCCCUUCCCCUCGCAGCAGCCGUCACUGCCCAUCCCUCCUCCUCCUACCCCUCCUCCUCCUACCCUUCCUCCGCCACCGCCCAUCGCAGCACCAACAUCGGUCUCUUUCUCGCCAAGGCCCUCUCUCCCCCCGAUCCCUUUGCCGUUCGCCACGCCAUCGAGAAUCUCCAGAGGCUAGGCGCGCUGGAUGAAGAAGAAGAGCUCACAGCCCUUGGAUCGACCCUCAGCCGGCUCGCUGUGCACCCUCGAAUCGGCAAGAUGUUGGUGUAUGGGUCCCUUCUGCACUGCCUCUCUCCCCUCCUCUCCGUCGCUGCGGCUGCUUCCCUCUCUCGCGACCCGUUCCUCUCCCCCAUUACGAACCGCAACGCCGCCGACGCUGCGCGCCGAGCCUUCGCGACAGGCUCGGCGGCCGGGAGCGAUCAUCUAGCUGUGGUGAUGGCGCAUGAGGGGUGGAUGAGAGCAAACGCAGAGGGGCGGGCGAUGGGGUAUUGUGAUGAGAAUUUCUUAGCGCCGUCCGGGAUGCGGCUUAUGCUGGGGCUGAAAAUGCAGAUUGAGAGGAUGUUGUGGGGGGCUGGGCUGGCCCAAUUAGGAGAGUCUCUUGAUGCUGAUCUGCCGCCUAAGGCUCAGGCUCAGGCGCAGGGAGCUGGUGCAAGGGGGAUGGUGGGGCAGAGGAAGGAGACAGGGGUUGGAGGAGGACGAGGGGUGGAAGGGGGGUCUGGCAGUGGUGUUGGUGGUGAGGGUGGUGACGGUGCUGGUGGUGGUGUCGGUGGUGGGUUAUCUUCACUGAGUGAUGAGCGCAUGGACGAGCAGAUGGACGGCCGAGAUUACCCGCCGGGUCCCGACAGAGCCAAUGCUGCUGCAUCUGAACCGCACAUCGAUGACACCGACGAGUCAUCGCUCUUUAUCGCUCGCUCAGUGCUGGUUGCGGGUCUGUCUCCCCAUGUAGCCCGCUCGGACAUGCUCCCGGAAGCCCGGGGCGGCGCCGGUUCCGGCAGCAGCAGCGGCGGGAAGCAGAAGGUCCGGCUGAGGUUCGGGUUCCGAACCUCCGAGGGUCGGGUGUGGAUCCACCCGACUGGGGUGAUCCCGCAGCAGGGCAAGGCGUUGGACGAUGGGGGAGUGCAUUUUCUGACGUUUAACGAGCGUGUGCAGACCUCUCAGGUGUUUAUUCGUGGCUGCACGCUCAUCCCUGCUCUCUCUAUCGUCCUCUUUGGAGGUCCUAUCCAGCUUGCCCCUGCCCCAUCUCCGUUUCUACCCCUGGGAGGGGCUUUUCCCUCUGGGAAUCCAUACGGUGCUGCUGCUGCUGGCGCCUAUGGGUUUGGGUCCUCCUCGCUGGCGUCUCAGCCGGUUCUGCUUGUUGUGGACCGUUGGAUCGAGUUUGUGGUGGAUCGGCACGUGGGAGAGCUGCUGGUGCAGCUGCGGGCGGUGCUGGAUUCGAUUCUGGGGAGGUGGGUGGCGGGAGGGCCGCGGCCGGCCAAUGAGAGGCGAGUGGUGGGGUGUGCCGUAAGGCUGCUGGAGCAAGCAGGGAGAGCAGCCGUGCGGGAGACGGAAAAUGCAGAAAAAAACUCUGCUGCUGCCGCUGGUGCUGGUGCUGGUGCUGGUGCUGGUGCUGGUGCUGGUGCUGGUGGUUUUGGUGGUGUUGCUGGUGCUGUUGGUGGUGUUCCUGGUGGUCCGCUAUGUGCGAUGGGAUCGUUUGGUGGCAUCAUGUCAGCUGGUGGUGGUGCUGUUGCAGGUAGGGUGAUUGAUGAUGGCGACCGAUGGAUGUCAGGAGGUGGUGGGGGGGAUUGGAGGGGAGGUGGUGCUGGCGGGGGGGAUUGGAGGUCUGGUGCUGCUGCAAGGGCGGAUUGGAGGGGGGGCGGUGCUGGUGGUCGUCAUGAGCCUAGUCAUCGUGGGUAUGGUGACCGAGUCUCAACGGAUGGGUCUGGGUAUAGAAGCCAGGAAGCAAGGAUGGCAAGGACCCCUCUGCCGACCUCAGAGCUAAGGUCACGUGGACUUGCCGUGAUUGCGACCGCAGCUGUCUACCAGUACGAGACGAAUCCCAAUGUAUCUGCGGCCACAGGCUUCGAGAGCAUCGCCUGA